AUGAUCCUGUUGCUCAAGCAUCAGCUCGGCGAGGAUGAACCCGUCGGACCAUCCGCAGUCAUUGCCAGAACCCACAGCCCGGCAACGACGAGUGCCAUCUCAAACUCGAAUUCUGGAGGUUCCGGGCAGCAGAACAUGGCGAAUAAACGCCUCUCUCCUGCAUCUCAAGCCGCCGCCUCCGCCGCCGCCGCCGCCGCCGCCGCCUCCGACACCGACACCGACGCCGCCGCGGCCGCCAUCGGGGGCGCGCACUUCCAGUCGCCGUCGCCGUCGGCGGCGCCGACACCAGCCCCACCGCCGCCGAUGCUGUCGGAGGUGUCAUCGCUGCAGUACUCGGAGGACUCGACCCCGUCCCACUCCCCGGCGGCGCCCUCGCCCCUUCACCCACUGCCUUCAUCGCGGCUGAACCCGGACACCCAACGGAACCGCGGCGCGGAGAUUCGUUCGACCCCUUUCAGCCCGACAACGCCUCUGACACAGCCGCUGGACUACCGGGGGGCCAGCAAGAAGAUAGAGUCAGAGAAGAAGCCAGGCUCGGACAACAACAGCGGCGGCAAGAGGAAGAGCCUCAUCUCUUCCCUCUUCGGCAGGAUCGGGGGCGGACAAGGAGGAGGAGGAAGAAAGUCGCGGCACGAGAAACGGCGGGUUCAGGACUUGGGGUCGUCGGCCGAGUGCUCCCCACCCAUCGUCCACAUGGCGGAAGAAGACGACGACGAAGUCGUAGAUUUCGGAGAUGCCGUAGACGGCGCCAAGGGGAAGGACGAGGGGGCGCUCCCCCGGCGGUCGUCGCUGGUGGCGGCCGACAAGACCGGGGUCCGGACGAUGGCCGGGAUCGGGGACGUCCACGCCGCCUUCGGCCUGGACAAGGGCAGCGACGACGAGGAGGGCGGCGAGGAGGGCGGGGCGACCACCCGGCACAGCACCAAAGGGUUCCUCGGCGCCGCGAGGAUGGUGAACAAAAAAAAGAAGAAAAAGCAGCAGCAGCAGGAGCGGGUCAUGGCCUCCAUCUCCUACGGGAUCGGCGGCUACGGCGACGUCUUAAGCGGCGGCGAUGACUCGAGCGACGACGGCGCCACCGACCUCGCCGAGGCCGCGCUCGCCAUCCCUCGCCCCCUCUUCGGGGACCCGUCGAGGGCCGUGGGGCGCCAGAACGCCCGGCGUGGCGGCGGGACCACCCGGCGCGGGAGCGGGAUCACGCGUCCCCGCAGCGCCUUGCGCGGCGCCGCCAGCAGUACUUUGGCCAGCAGGACCGUCAGCAUGGUCCCCGAUGAGCAGAACCAGGACCUGGCCAACGCGUACGGGCUGGACUUAGAGGCGGCGGAAGGGCUGCAGACGCCGCCGCCGGCUGACGCUGGCGACGGGACGGUGGCGGAAGAAACGGCAGCCACGACUGCCGUCGUGAAUCCGCUUUUCGGAGAGGCUACCCCCGAGGCCAACCUGGGCGGGACGGCGCGGGGGAACGUCCUGGCCCUCGCUCGGGCCUUCGACGUAGAGGCGCAGGCUCAGGCCGUCAGCGCCGGGCUCGCCGUGGACAACAACAAGAUAGGCCACCCCGGAAGAGCUGGCAAGAGACUGCCCAGAAAAUGCACCGGCGGCGGAGGCCUUGUGGAGACAAUUGGCUGUGGCGAUGGGGACGACCUCGGGUCGUCAAGAAAGGUCGGAUACUCGGGGUUUCCUGCUCCCGAGGACAGCGAGCCAGCGGACACGGAGGCCCCGGGAGAUGGCACCGACGAUGAGGAGCUUGCGAAGGGUGACGUUGUCUUGGCGGCAUGGCGGAAACCGGCGAGGGGUGAGGAGGAAGGCGACGGGCGAUGGAGGGACUAGUUGGCCGUGAGUGUGUGAGUAGAAAUAUGCCUACCAGUGGUGGCAGUCAGUUGUGAUAUCGGAGGAAGAGGGCAACGGAGGCUGGCUUAUUGGAAACAGUAAGCUGUGGAGAAAAAUGGAAGUCGAUUGUUGAAUGGUGAUAUCGAGGUGUCACAUUCGCUCUCGUGUGUGGUUGCUAACGUGGCUGUCUUUGGGGAACCGGAGAUAACCUCUGGAGUCUUGCAAGUUGUAGCAGAGUUGUUCGUUGCCAAUGAUUCAUUGUAUUUUGGGGGGUUGGUGACACGUUUCGUGAGUGUUGAAUGGUGCAGGUGCCGGGUAUGGUGCAGGUUGGACACACACACAGACGAUAGUGAGAACAAUGGAGUUGGAAGGAAGGAGGAUGGCGGUGACACUCCAAAACGAGCUCGAGUGCAAGGUAGCAGCCUUCAUCGACACGUAUGUGCAAAUCUGCUGUAGCCACCGUUUCAAAUAGCUUAGCCUCCUCCAAGCCGCCCCUUCACGGCGUCCCAGUUAGUGACGUUUAGACUAGUCUAGAAGUAUUUUAUUUUUUCAAUCGCACUGACUGACGUAUUUUCAUUGGUCAGCCGUUUAGCGAGGUCGAUGCUAGUAAAAAAAACACACACGGAUAAGACAGCGGACAGACCCAACACAGAAACCAGGGUACACGUGCUGCUGCAGACCCAAAAAAAGCUCACGCAGGGACGCAACAAGCCGUGUGCGGACGGUGAACUGUGCCGCCAUCAACAAGCAGAACGCCGCAAGCCCCGCAUGGCCCCGUCUGCAAGGGAGGGGGGAGCGGGCGGCUCCACGGCAAUUGCGGCAGCAUGUUUGAGGACGACGAAAAGCACCGCAUCUGCA